AUGCCGACGAUUAGAAAUACGCUUCUCCUGGUAGGCCUCAUAGGCCAAUUGGUGUUGGGCGAAGAAUGCCCUCCUUGCGAAUGUGAAUGCGAGAGUGAAGCUCCAAGUCAGACCUCAGCAACUGAAAACCCAUCCACAAUAGAGCCUUCACCAGUGCCAACGCUGGUGUUGACUGCGACUAAUGGAAACCCAACACCUAUCGCAACAUUAAUUCCUGUGGUGGAUCCGAAAUUUACCUCUUUGAGGACUACCACUACGUCUGAUGGUGUUGUUAUCGCCCCCUUUGGGUGGCUCUGGACAUAUGCGCCGCCAGCUCCGACUAACCUGCCGUUCCCAAUAAACUUUCCUCAUAUCAAUCUUCCGCCUAUCAUACCUGGACCUGGGAAUAAGGGGCAGCCAGAGAUUGGCAAGCCAUCUCAGAACAAAGAUCCAAAUGACGACAAGCCUCCGAAAGAUGACAAACCACCAAACGACGACAAGCCUCCAAGUACCGAGAAACCUACCAAGACUAACAGCCCGACCAAGACUGACAACCAGAGCAAGGCUAGCAACCCACCCGAAACUACCAACUCUUCCAAAACCAAUAAUCCUACCACGACCCAGACAAAGCCAUCUCCAACCCCAACGUCAAAGUCAGCAGAUGACGAGUGUACCGAAACAAUAACCCCAACGGUGAAAGUAAUAAAAUCAUAUAGUAUGGAGAGAACGCGGGGGUCCUGGAGCGUGAAGACUGAAACCAAGAAACCGAACGAUGUAGCCAAGACCUGCAAUAUCAAAACCGUUACCACAACGAUUACUUCUGUUCCGAAGGUGGACUACCUACUUUAUACGGGAACUUAUCAUGGCGACCCGGCGCCUACCUUCGAUGGGGGGCUGCCUCUAAAGUUGCGGGAUUGGCUGGACGCGAAAUUCUCAAGCCUCGGCCUCGCCACCCAAUCCGCAACCAGCUUGAAGUCGUGGACGACACGAACGUGCAACGUGUUCGUGCGGGAGCAGUCCCACGGCCCGCUGGACAAGCUCGAGACGUCGCUGACGGUCCGCGACGACGGGGGCGCGACGCUUUUCUCGAAGAGGUCGACAUUGGUGUGGGGCGACGAUGUAACUCUGCAGCCCAAGGACACGAAGCUGAAGUCGGACCUCACUGUCUCUUUCCCCAAACAGCUGGAGCCCGGUGUCAGCGAGCAGGAGUGCCGUGGCGUGGAUACUACUACUACUACCGAGUUCGCCGACGCCGACGUGUUUGCCAGCUCUUCUUCUUCGUCUUCCGUAUUCCCUCCUUCUGACAAUAGCAGGCUGGGCAGGAGGUGUUCCCCAUCGAACUGGCAGCAUUACAUCAUCAAGCUGAAAUACGGAGACAAGUCGUGGGAUAACCUAGCGGAAGGAGAGAAGCCGUGGCAAUGCUCUGGGAAGAAGGAUUGGUACCAGCCCUUCGGGGCGUCCCCGCAGCGCGAAUACACAUGUCGUUUUACGUGCUAG